CCGAGCCUGAUGUUGCAGUUGCAACGCCUAUACAGCAGCCUGCAUCGACGUCGACAGUAUCUAAACCAUCUCAGCCUGUCCCAGAUGCGACCCCACAGCAGCCGACAGUCCCGACCGAGCAGCCCUCCACCGGGCGCGAGCAACGGCGCUCCCUCCGCUCUCACGAUGGUGGCUCCCGCGCGCGCAGCGAGCUGGCGCUUUACUUUCCCAACUACGAGGAGCUCCUUAGCAUGGAGCCGCCAAAGACCGAGUUCCUUGCGGGGAAUACCACCAUCAAACUACUCGACGACCUCCCCGAACCGCUCACACCAUCCUCCGACCCCAACUCUGAUACCGACACUCCGUUUGGAAACCCUCUCGUGAACCUACACAACUGCGAAACAAUCACCCUCCCUAAUCCUCCUUCCUCUACCUCCCGACCCAAACCUCCCACCGCCGAAGAUUCCACCACAACCUCCCCCGACCCUCUCAGCGAAGAAACCUACUUCCGCCCGCACCGGCGCAAUGAACGCCAGGAAAAGCAAUUGCGCAACAUCGAGCGCGACCGCGCCCAGCACGAAAAACAAAAUCUAGACCGUCUCCUGGACGAACUCCAAGGCCACGACUGGCUCCGCGUCAUGGGAAUUACCGGACUGAUCAGCGACCCCGAGCGCAAACACUUUGAGUCCAAACGCACCUACUUCAUCCGGGAAAUUUCCGCCGUCCUCCAGAAGUUCAAAAUCUGGAGGGAAGAAGAAAAGCGCCGCAAGUCAGAGAAGGACAAACCAGCCGAGGAAGAGCCCAUCCCACCCACCGCCAGCAGUAGCAAAAAAGACCACUCCCCAGAGACAGCAACCCCCUCCACCAACGACGAGGCAGACGACGGCACCACCCCGUUAUCCGACGCCCAAAGCUGCGGCGGAGAUCCCCCAGACCCCAACGACGUUGACGCCUGGGCAGCAAGACAAUUACACCAGGAGGCAAGAUCCGCCACUACAACAACACCCACCACCACGACCAACCCUACUACUACAAGUACCUCAACGGGCAAGAAACUCUCCAAACCCUCAUCCUCCACCAAGCACAAAUCCACCUCCGCUAUGCACCCUCCACCAGCACCAGCACAACUAUUACCCCCUGAACCCACCAAACCCUUCACCUCCUUCUACUCGAAACCGCAUCUCCGCGAACUAGCCCUCUCCGGACCAAACCGCAAAGGUCGAACCCGCUUAGCCUUCGGACAACCUAUUCCGGAGAUGGAGGAGCGCGAGUUCGAGCUCCCCGCGGAGAUUCUCACGCCUGAGGCGAUCGAUUCGUGUCGACGGAAGAGGCGAAGGAUGAAGAGGGCGAGUGGACGCGGGGAAACGGGGUAGAUUGCAUUAGAUGACGGGGGUUUUUUAUUUCCCUUUCUAAGUUUGAAGAGGGAAUUACUGGAGUGAGUGGGUAUGGUUUGGGUUGGUAUGGUAUGGUAUGGUAUGGAUGGCGUUGAAGGGUGAUAUGUUUCAUUCUUUUGAUUCUCUUUCUAUUCUUUUCUACUUUCUUAUACUUUACUUUACCUAUUAGGGUAUUCUAGUCCUGUGGACGGUUUACAUAUACCAUUUUAUUCUUUUCUUAUUACUACAUCGCUUUCUCUUUCCAUUGUUUCCACUCCCUGAGGCUGUGUCUGUCAAGUCAGAUACAUGGUCUGCUGUGUUAUAUUGGCGGCAUUUAGUACUUUGACGCAUGGGUGCGCCGGAGUUCUGUUCAUAAUCAAGACACUGGAGUUGGUUGGCGUUAGUGUCAUGCUUGUUAUGCUUUUCUUGACACCGAUCAUGAGCAUAAUGUAUUUACAAGAACCUAUAUACAAGACGCCGUCUUCUUCGUAUCAGAACUUCAUAAUGAUCGUGAGGAAAGAUUAACCAAGGUUGACACCCAAACGCCAAACUCCCAAUCUAUCGUAAAAGGACCAGAGACCAUAAACAUCA